CUCUCUGUCUCUCUCUGUCUCCGCCUCCUGCGUCCCCCAAGCUUGAAACUUUGGUAAAGCCCAAGAUUCUGAGGCCGUCGGAGGGGCGCGUGACGGGAAGAAGAAGAAGAAGAAGAAGAAAAGAGAACUCGUGGGAGCAGAUUUGUGAUGACGGGUGGGUUGGUGGUGGAGGAUGCGUUCCGUUGCGAGGAGGAGACGCACCUCACGGUGAUGAAGACGUCCCUGUUCUUCGCCGGCGACGGGUUCGCGGCGUACGACUCCAAGGGGGUGCUCGUGUUCCGGGUCGACUCGUACGGGCCCGACGCCCGCGACACGGGGGAGGUCGUCCUCAUGGACGCUCACGGCCGGUGCCUCCUCACCGUCCGGCGCAAGAGACCGAGUUUGCAUCAGCGGUGGGAAGGAUUCUACGGGGAGGGGACGGCCGGCCAGAAGCCGAUCUUCAGCGUGCGGAGGUCGUCGAUCAUCGGCUACUCGGGCGUGACGGUGGAGGUGUACGGCAGCCCCGGGGAGGAGUACCACAUCGAGGGGUCCUUCGCGCAGCGCAACUGCACCAUCUUCAACAUGGACCGGGAGCCGGUGGCGGAGAUCCGGCGCAAGGUCGACGCCUCCACCAACGUGGUGCUCGGCAAGGACGUCUUCUCCCUCUGCGUGAAGCCGGGGUUCGACGGCGCGUUCGCCAUGGGAUUGGUCCUCGUCCUCGACCGGAUCACCGGUGACGCCACCGAUGACGUCGUCACCGGCGAAGGCGAGGACCCCGUCCCGGAUACCGGGUCGGAUGGUUAGGACCCGAAAUGCUUGUCUAGUUUCUAUCACGGCGGGUCGACGAUGGUGAUUUUCCAUGUGAUAAGGUUGUGAUUUUGGCCGGUCCAUGUUAUAUUUCUUGGAAUAGUGGGGCCUAGACGUAGAUAUUUUGGGAAUAAUGUAAUUUCCGUGGAAUUUGGAGCUUAUGGCUUUGUCUCUUAAUGGGGAACUACUUCUUCUUCUUCUUCUUC